CAUUGUGUUUCUUCUCUGUGUUUGAGAGAGAGAGAAACACAAACACACACAGAGAGAGGAAGAGAGAGAGAAUGUUCCAAUCUUUCAUGGUUGCUGCUUCGAUCUGCGUCUUCCUCACUUUCAAGACACAAUCUUCUUCACAUUAAACAAACCAAAUUACAACAUCUAUUUUGGGGGUGUAGAUAAGGAUUUUGCUACAUUCCCACCAGCUUGAAAAAAAUAUUCAGGUGAUUUAAUGGGUUGAAUAAGAAGCACAAUGGCUAGGUUCAGCGAAGAAGAAUUUCAAUUUUUUGAUGCUCAAGAUGAUAUUGUGUCAAUCUCAGAUGCAAAUGGUGUUGCUGACAACCAUGAAGUUGAUUCUGGUCCUCCUUUGGGGGACGGUUUGCUGAGAGAUUUUGGAUAUGAAUGGUGGACCAGGAGUCCGGGUAGUGUUAGAGAGCGUAGGAGUAAGUUUAUAAAGUGGAUGGAAUUGAGUUUGGAUCAGAAAAACCUUGAGAAUUCGGUAGAUGGAAGUAGUUAUGAAAGAGAAGAUGAGAUAAAUAGAAUGAAAGAUGGUGGCAGUAGUGUGACCAAAAGUAAUGGUUUUAUGGAGGAUUUCUUUUCAAGUCGGUUAUCGAUGUCUUGUUUGUCUUCCAUGAAUUCUUCAGAAUUUGGUGCUUUGGUGGAGAAUUCGGCAUGCCAAGAUAGGAAUGAUGGAGGGGAAGUAGGUUUGGAUCAGUUAGUGGUUUCGGAUGAAUCUGUGAACGCCGCUGAGGUAUCUUCUACCAGUUACCAACAUGAGUUUGGUGAGGAGUUUGAGGAGACCGGUGUGUUUGAGCCGUGGACAAAGAGGGUUAAAAAGAGUUGGUUAAGAAAAUUGCGUUCAAUGACAUGCAUGAUGGAUGUACAACAAGGAGAAUCUGAUAACAGGAAACACGAAGACGGUGUUUCAUUUUCGGAUUGUAGGAUUCAGCGAGUUAAGGUUCGUCAAUGCAAGAAACAAAGGAAGGAACUUUCAGCUCUUUAUAUGGGACAAGAUAUUCAAGCACACGAAGGUCCAAUUUUUACCAUGAAAUUUAGUCCUGACGGCCAGUAUCUUGCUAGUGCCGGCGAAGAUGGAAUUGUGCGAUUGUGGCAAGUUGUUGAGGAUGAGAGGCAUAAUGAAAUUGACAUUCCAGAAGUUGAUACAUCCUGUAUUUACUUUACAGUGAAUGAUCUCUCGGAAUUGACACCCUUGUUUAUGGAUAAGGAUAAAAUUACAAAUGUGAAGACCCUGAAAAAGACAUCAGAUUCAGCUUGCAUCAUUUUUCCUCCUAAGGUCUUCCGGUUGAUGGAGAAACCACUUCAUGAGUUUCAUGGUCAUGGAGGUGAAAUUUUGGAUCUCUCUUGGUCAAAGAAUAAUUAUUUGCUGUCUUCGUCGGUUGAUAAAACUGUUCGUCUAUGGCAAGUGGGACAUGACUGCUGCUUGAAAGUUUUCUCGCACAGUAACUAUGUGACAUGCAUACAAUUCAAUCCUGUGGAUGAUGAUUAUUUCAUUAGCGGAUCAAUAGAUGGAAAAGUGCGCAUAUGGGGAAUUCCUGAUUGUCAUGUUGUUGAUUGGACUGAUGUCAAGGAAAUUGUCACCGCAGUGUGCUAUCGGCCUGAUGGACAGGUAGGGAUUAUUGGCUCCAUGACAGGCAAUUGUCGGUUUUACAAUGUAUCAGAUAAUCAAUUACGGAUGCAAUCACAACUAUGCUUACUUGGUAAAAAGAAAUCUUCUGGAAGAGGAAUAACCGGCUUUCAGUUUCUUCCACAAGAUUUUAACAAAGUUAUGGUUACCUGUGAUGAUUCACAAGUCAGAAUCAUUGAAGGUCUUAAUGUCGUUGAAAAAUUUAAAGGCCUUAAUGCUGGGAGCUUAAUGUCCGCAUCUUUUACUUCAGAUGGAAAACACAUUUUAUCAGCCUGUGAAGAUUCAAAUGUAUAUCUGUGGAAUGUUAGUGACAACGAGUCUCGCUCCACAAAAGCUAAGAAGAUUAAGUCCUGCGAGCGGUUUUUUUCAAAUGCAUCUGUUGCAGUACCUUGGGGUGGUUUGAAAUCUGAUAACAUUGAAAAUUCUAAAAAAUUGGAUGUACUAAAUAAGAGGCCACCUCAAGCUGUAUGCCUCGAUCCACCGUCUUCUUUUUCUCUAAGCCAAGAUUUUUAUUUGAAUUCUAUUCCGAAAGGUUCCGCAACUUAUCCUGAGGAGAAACUUCCUACUUCAAGCCCUAAGAGUAAAAAAUCUUCACUGCACAAAUCUGCAUACAAGUUCUUGAAAUCUUCAUGCAAGAGUACUUCCAAUUGUCAUGCAUGGGGUCUAGUAAUUGUGACUGCCGGUUGGGAUGGGCGAAUAAAAUCAUUCCACAAUUACGGAUUACCUGUACUCCUUUGAAAUGAAAGUGGUCUUUCCUGGAAUGGAUAAUAGACUUAUGAAGUGUCCUUUUCCUCAAUUAUGGAUUUGCUUCGGCAUGUUGUCCUUGGAAAAUUGCUGGCUGCUAAUGUUCUUCAAGACUCAGAAGCAACGUUCAACGUCGACAGCAUCAAAAGGAUAACCGAGCAGGCUGCAGUCAAAGGUCAAACCUUAAAAAAGACUGCAGUUUCGAUAAUUGCAGAUUUUCAACUUUUCGAGCUUCCACUUUCGGAUUUCAGGGGAUUCAGAUGACUUAUCAGUUCAUGACAAGUGGCUGCACAACCGUGGUUCUAAUGUAAUCCAUCUGAAAAAUGAAGAAGUGGUUAAGUGUUGCUUGUCUUGGCACUGAGUCUAAAUUGCCUUUACCUCACACAAGAAUAUGCUGGCCCUUAAAAGAGGUGCAAAGUCAUAUAUCAGUACAUGGAAAAGGCCCCAUCAGAUAUGCUUUUGUAAGACUCUUGUUUGGUUAAAAUAAGAGAGAUUGUGUGAAAGAGAGAGAGGAAAAGAUAUUCAUUCAAGAGGCAGUGGCUGAAGUUUACUGUGAGAUAAAAUGGUGGUGGGGGGUGUUUUGUGGAUUUAAUUAUUGGUUGGGCUAACCAAUUUAGAAUCUCUUUGUCUGCUAAUCUUUCUAUCCAUCUCAUGGUAGGUCCCUCAAAUGCCUGAGGUUGGAAGGGUGAUGAUUGGGAUGGUCAAUCCUAAUUGAACAGGUGCAGUUUUGGCUUUCUAUUGCUCUAUAAAAAAAUACAAACAAGUGUAGCUGAUUGUUAUAGCCUAUGGCUACGGCUACAGUACUGACAUUAAUAUUAUUGCUAACAAAUGUUCUGUGUAUAUAGUCUCAUUUUAAGGCUGAUGUCCUUUUGAUUUUCUAA